AUGAGGAAUAGAACCAGAAAGCUACUGAUAGUGAUAACAAUUGCACUUCUAAUUUGUGUUGGUGUACACCAUAUUGUGCGAACGGAAGAAGCUGCAAUAUGGGAAGAUGCUGUAGUCUACUCCUCAGCGGAUCGCGCCUCUAAGAAGGAACAUCCCUUCUUUGAAGGGUGUGUGGAUACUGCAGAAUAUCUAAAUCACAAAAAAUAUGAACGACAGAAUGCCACAUUUGUGAUGUUAACAAGAAACGAGGAGCUGGAUGGGGUAAUUCACACUAUGAGAUCUGUGGAAAGAAGAUUCAAUCAAUGGUUCCAAUAUCCGUACGUUUUUAUGAACAACGAACCAUUCACUGAUGAAUUUCAAGAAAGAGUCCGAUCAUUAACAACUGCCAACAUAACGUUUGCCCUUGUAGAUGAGUCCUCAUGGAAUUUCCCUAAGGAGAACACUCCACUAUUUCAGCAUUACGUUGAAUCCCAGGGUGAUCGUGGAAUUAUGUAUGGGAAUAUGGUUUCAUACCAUAAGAUGUGCAGAUUUUAUUCCGGACUCUUCUAUAAACACCCUGCAGUUAGGCAAUACGAGUGGUACUGGCGUAUUGAACCAGAUGUGGAAUUCUUCUGUGAUCUAACUUAUGAUCCAUUCUUUGAAAUGAAGAAGGCAGGAAAGAAAUACGGUUUCACAAUUUUUAUCAAAGAAAUAUAUUGGACUGUGCCGAACUUAUUUAGAGCAACCAGAAGUUUCAUCAAGCAAAACGAUAUCAAACUCGGAUCACUGUGGAAAGCCUUUAUUAAGAAUAGAAACGUUUUACUCGGAGAUGAUUAUUUAAAUUCCUUUGUCAAUGAACUAGAAGAAUUGAACGAAGAAAUGACCCACGAAUUUCUGAUUGACUAUUUGAAGAAGAAUUGGGCAAGAGAAAAAGUCAUAGAUGACGAGCUAAUACAAGAAAUUGCUCAUAGGGUCAGGAGGAAAGUUCCUGUCGUUGAAGACAAAUUUGACCAAGAAGAGUACAAUUUAUGUCAUUUUUGGUCCAAUUUCGAAAUUGCUAGAGUUGAUGUAUUUGAUAAUGAAGUAUACAACAAGUAUUUCGAAUACCUUGAGUCGUGGGGUGGAUUCUGGCAAGAAAGAUGGGGGGAUGCGCCUGUGCAUUCGUUAGGUUUGGCCUUAACAUUGAAUGCAGAAGACAUCCAUUAUUUCAGAGAUAUCGGAUAUCAACAUACUACAAUCGUACACUGCCCCAACAACAAAGAGGGAAAGCAAUUACCAUAUGUGGAAUCGUCAAAAUACACAGAAAUAUUCGAAAGAGAGUCAUCUAGGAUGAGUGUAAAAGAGAAAGCGUUACAAUAUUUCAAGACUGGCAAAAUAGACGAUGGUUGGGAUACAGGAAGUGGAUGCAGAUGCCAAUGCCCCGAUAUUAUAGAUGUGGAGGAUACAUCGCACCAAUGCCUCAUGCAAUGGUUCGACCUAGUGAGCGAUUCUCCAUCGCGAGAAGAAUCCCUACUACCGUUUAAUGCAGCAGAAUUAAAAGUAGCACUCGCUAAUGACUACAAAAGACAUUUUGCGAAGAAUAAUAAUUAA